CGAAGCUCUCAAGCGCAGUAUAACUCGUAACCAACAGUCCUCAUCCUUAUCCAUAUCCUACCCACCGUACUUAUCCUAUCCAACCUCCCCAUCCUAUCCGACCCCCCAUCCCAGUACCCCCAACUUCGCCCUCGCCCCCGCCCACGCUCCGAGGAAUCCCUAAGGAGACGGACGUUUGGGCGAAGGAGAAGACGGACGGAAAAAGGGACCUCAGACGGGGACCUCGACGAGCAGCCAACACCCCGACGUCGACGAGGGAAGGAGCCUCAGUUUGAGCGAGUCGCCGCCACGAACGGACGUGUGGCGCUGGUGCUCUCGAGAGGAAAAAUUAUCCCCCCCCCCCCCUCAUCCUCUUCCAUCGUCACACCUUUUUUUUUAAUCGAAACAAGACUCCCUUUUUUAUUUUUUAAAAGAACCCUCCCUCCGUUGUGUGUCGUGAUACCUGUUGGUUGCGGGGCUAACUUGAGCCGAUUGCCUGUGCUGUGUCGAACUCUAGGAGCGUGUUUAGUAUCAUUCCAUAAAAAAUAGUAACCCCGAAAGAGCUCUUAAUCAAAACUCGAUCGCAUAUCCAUUAAGACUUUACGAAAAAAAUCGAGUAAUUAAAAAAGAAAGAGAGAAGGAACUAAACCGCGAAGAUGGUGGUCGAAGACAAGAAGAAGACGAGCAAAGUCGGAGCGAAGGAGAAGCGGCCGAUUACGCCGUCGGAGAAAUGCAUCUGCCAGAUCUGCACGUGUGGGCGCCACAGAUGUCCCCACUCGCAGCCCACCGCGCGGCGCUGGCAGCAUACAGCCCUCUACGACGAAUCUGCCGAAAUCUCCUACUCCACCGAACAGAGCUCGGCCUACCGCUCCUACUCGACCUCCGAACACCAGGCGGCGCUCAAGAUGGAGAGGAAGCAGUACGGGGACAAGUCCAGCGUCGACGGCCGGUUAGAGCUGUCUGAGGCUCGAGACAUACAGGGCCUCAGCCACGCCCUCGACCAGCAGAGUUCCUCGUUCUCAGCAGUCCAGCAGAGCUCCUCCUCCUCCUCCUCCAAGGUCCAGCAGAGCAGCUCGGAGCAGAAGCAGAUCUCGUCCUCCAGCAUAAGCCAAGAGCGCGUGAGUAGUAGCUCUCUGCAGCAACAGCAGACCAAGGAGGAGCUUCAGCGCUUUGCCGAAACGCUUACUCUCAAGGACGACCUGUUCAGUACGCAGGAACAGCAACAACAGCUACAGGGGAGAGUCACCUCACACGGCGCUCACACUGCCGGGCAGGAUACACAGGCAGUGGCGGGGUCCGGGCAGGCCAGUGUGACACAGCGAGCCCAGAUUGAUGGCGGUGGUGGACUAACAGCCACAGAUUCGGACUCGCUCAGUAUCUCGAAAAAUGUCGAAUCGAAGUCGUCCUCGAUGGCAGCCACGUCCUCGUCCCAUGUUUCGAAGUCGGUCUCUUCCUCGCACGUGUCCUCCUCUUCUUCUACCUCGAUGGUCAAGGAACAGCGCUCGUCCUCGUCCUCGAAGAAGGUGUCGAGUACGGAGGAGAGCUUCAGCGUCUCCGGACAGAGCUCGCGCGACUACCGAAGCAGCAGCAGCAGCAGGAAGGAAUCCUCGGAGAGCAAGAGCAUGUCGCAGCAGAAGAAGAGCGUGUCGCAGGAAGUGAAGAUGGUGAAACAGAGCGAGAGUCGGCAGAAGUUGUCGUCCAUGGAGAGUCAGCAGAUGACAGAGCAGCAGAUGAUAGAGCAGCAGCAUCUGCAGCAGGGGCGUGAGAGCCAGGUCGCUUCGAUAGAGCACCAGCGCGGACAGGACCUGAGCGUCUCAGAAAGACUCGCCUCGAAGGAGCAGCAACAACAGGUAUCCCUCUCGAGUCAGGAGUCAUCUUCGGUGAGCCAACAGAUGUCAUCCAUGAGCCAGAAAAUGUCGUCUACCAGCGAAAGGGUUUCGCAGACGUCAUCAACGAGCCACCAGAUGUCGUCCUCGUCUAGCGAACAGGUGUCACAGUCGAGCCAAGAGUUCUCCCCGCGAGACAGCACAUCUCGUCGAGCGAGCAGAACAUCUCGCAGAGCCUCCAGGUCUCCCACAGCGAGGAGACGUCGAGGCGGGAAGCGACGAUGGCCAGCCAGCAGAUUAGCUCAGGUAACACGCGCAUGUCCAGGUGGGCGGCGGCGCCACCGCACGCCGCCAGAGUCGCGCGUCACUGCCGGCCAACACGUGGUCGACGGAACGGUGACUAGAAAUCGCCAGGACGUUUCCAGCCUCCAGUUAGGCAAAGAUGAUUACUUCGGAAAAAGCACAGAGAAAGUAGAAUACAUGACCGUCUCAGGCCAUGCCCUGACAUCAGGCAGAAGAGCAGACAACCUCAAACUCCAAGGCGAUCUCUACUACCCCGAGAAAACCUCCCCGGGCAAGGGAGACCGAGCAGACGUCAGAAGACCCACAGACAAUUUGAGAACCGAAGGAGACUUCACCGGGAAAGAGAAGACCUCCCCGGGCAAGGGAGACCGAGCAGACGUCAAGAGACCCUCAGAUAACUUAAGACCAGAAGGAGACUUCAUCGCUCCGGACAAGACCUCACCGGGCGUUGGCGACCGCGCGGCCGUCAGGAGACCACAGGACAACCUAGCUCCGUCUGGCGAUUUCGAGGGUGUCAGCACAAGUAAAGACCAAUACAUUGUUGUCCAGGGAGAUCGAGCCGAUGUAAAGCGCUACCAAGAUUCUCUGAAAGUCGACGGGGAGUUUACCAGUGUCACUUCCAGCAAAGAGUCUUUCCAGAAGCACGAAUCCAUCUCACACUCGGAGCGUGUUGUGCACCAGGACAACAUUAGACUUGAGGGUGAAAUGGAAACGAUGAAAACGUCCUCGCAAAGUGAGUACUUUGAGAGAGCAGGUGACAGGCCCAAGUUACAAAGGAAGAAGACCUGGACAAAACUGGAGGGAGAAAUGUAUAUGAACAGGUCCAGCGAUGAAUACCAGUCCUAUCAACAGACUGAGAGAAGUCAGGUUAUCAGGCAUGAAGAUAACCUUAAGAUGGAAGGUGUUAUGGAAGGACUUACUAAGGAUACUUCACCAUUGAAGGGUGAAAGAGCACCAGCCAAGCGACAUCCUGACAACCUGAAGCUGGAAGGAAACUUUGAAGGAAAGUCACCAGAAGGUGCUCCUUUGGGAGAGAGAGCACCAAUGAAGAAAUAUCCUGACAAUCUGAAGCUUGAAGGUGACUUUGAAGGGAAACCUCAGGAUGGAAUACCUAUGGGUGACAGGGCUCCAAUGAAGCGAUAUCCAGAUAACUUAAAGCUAUCUGGUGAUUUUGAAGGUCGCCCAGAAGAGGGAGCUCCUAUUGGCCAAAGAGAAGCCAUCCAAAGGUAUCCUGAUAAUCUCAGGAUGGAGGGUGAAUUCACAGGACGUUCACGAAGCCGGAGUCCUGUCAAGGGUGAGCGGUCCAUGAUCAAACGUCAUCCUGAUAAUCUAAAAAUGGAAGGGACCUUCGAAGGCAUGGAACGAAGUAAAAGCCCAACAAAAGGAGACCGAGCACCAACUAAGAAGCAUCCUGACAACCUUAAGGUCGAGGGAGAUUUUCUCGGGAAGUCGCCUGAAGCUGCUCCCAAGGGUGAGCGAGCAGCAAUCAAAAAGCAUCCGGAUAAUCUAAAAAUUGAAGGAGACUUUGAACCAAAACCCAGAGGUCGAAGCCCAACAAAGGGUGAAAGGGCCAAAACUAAGAAACAUCCUGAUAACUUAAAGGUGGAAGGAGAUUUUGAAGGAAAACCAAGGGAAGCAGCACCUAAAGGAGACAGGGCAGCUAUAAAAAAGCAUGAAGAUAACCUGAAGAUGGAAGGCACACACACAAUGAGGGAGAGGAGCAAGAGCCCGGUCAAGGGGGAGAGAGCUCCAAUCAAAAAGCAUCCUGACAACUUGAAACUUCAAGGAGACUUCGAAGGGAAGCCUCAUGAUGAAGCUCCACUUCGAGGUGAGAGGGCCAAAGUCAUUCGACAUGCAGACCAAUUGCACAUGGAAGGAGAUUUCAAUAUGGAGAAAAAGGAACAGGUAACAUUCAAGGGGGAGAGAGUUGAAAUUACAAGGCAUGAAGAUAAUUUGAGGAUGGAAGGAAGCUUUACAGGAAAAGAAACUGAAUAUCAGCAGUUCAAGGGAGAAAGAAGUAAAGUUGUAAGACAUGAGGAUAAUCUGCGAAUGCAAGGAGACUUUAUUGGCAAGGAGUAUGAAGAAGUAACUAUUGGAGAACGAGCACCAGUUAAAAGACACCCAGACAAUUUGCGAAUGGAAGGAGACUUCCAAGCUCCAAAACCAGGUGAAGCUCCAAGAGGGGAAAGAGCCCCUGUUAAGCGCCACCCUGACAACCUAAAGAUGACUGGAGACUUCCAAGGAAAAGAAGAAGAUUACAGAAUUGUACGCGGAGAAAGAGUAGAGGUUGUCCGGCGUGAGGAUAACUUGCGCAUGGAAGGAGAAUUCAUAGGUAAGGAGUAUGAGGAAGUUAUUGUAGGUGAAAGAGCCCCAGUAAAAAGACACCCAGACAAUCUUCGAAUGGAUGGAGACUUUUAUGCCCCUGGUCCUGAGGAUGCUCCACGUGGAGAAAGAGCUCCUGUUAAGAAACAUCCUGACAACCUUAAGCUCGGUGGAGAUUUCCAAGGAAAGCCUCGUGAAGAUGCUCCAUAUGCUGAAAGAGCUCCAGUGAAGAAACACCCGGACAAUCUUCGAAUGGAUGGAGACUUCUAUGCCCCAACUCCUGAAGAUGCUCCUCGUGGUGAGAGGGCCCCAAUAAAACGUCAUCCAGAUAACUUGCGCAUGACUGGAGAUUUUAUUGGUAAGGAAGAAGAGUACAUUACCAGGCGAGGAGAAAGAGUUGAAGUUGUGCGUCGCGAGGACAAUCUUCGUAUGGAGGGAGAAUUUAUUGGCAAAGAAUACGAACAAGUCACAGUUGGAGAAAGGGCUCCAAUCAAGAAGCAUCCUGACAACCUAAAGAUGGUUGGUGACUUUGAAGGAAAGCCUCGUGAAGAUGCUCCUUAUGCUGAGAGAGCUCCAGUUAAGAAACACCCAGACAAUCUUCGAAUGGAUGGAGCCUUUUAUGCUCCUACACCUGAAGAUGCUCCUCGAGGCGAAAGAGCGCCUGUAAAACGUCAUCCAGAUAAUCUACGCAUGACUGGAGACUUUAUUGGCAAGGAAGAAAAAAGCCCCGGGGGUACAGAAGCAUCUGACAACUCAAAAUUGGGAGCUCCGUCAAGAAAACCCAGACAAUCUUCGAUGGAUGGAGAUUCUAUGCUCCCACCGAAGAUGCUCCAGGGGAAAGAGCCCUGUAAAAACAUCCUGAAACCUGCAGGAGGAGACUUCAUGGAAGGAAGAAGGUUGGAGAUUGAAGGAAACCGUGAAGAGCUCCAUAUGCCAAGAGCCAGUAAGAAACACCAGACAACUUCGAAUGGAUGGGACUUCUAUGCUCCUCCCAGAAGAUGCACCCGGGUGAAGAGCCCUGAAAGGCUCAGUCAAGAAACACCGAAACUUGAUGGUGGAGAUUUAAGACCGGAGAGCUCCUUGAAAGGCCCAUCAAGAACACCGACAAUCUUAAUGGUGGGACUUGAAAGAAAGCCCGUGAAGAGCCCAAUAUCAGAAAAGCUCCAGGCUCCAGUCAAGAAGCAUCCUGACAAUCUUAAAAUGGUUGGAGACUUUGAAGGAAAGCCUCGUGAAGAUGCUCCAUAUGCUGAAAGAGCUCCAGUCAAGAAACACCCAGACACUCGAAUGGAUGGAGAUUUCUAUGCUCCCACCCCAGAAGAUGCUCCACGUGGUGAAAGAGCUCCUGUCAAGAAACAUCCUGACAACCUUAAGAUGGUUGGAGACUUUGAAGGAAAGCCUCGUGAAGAUGCUCCAUAUGCAGAGAGAGCUCCAGUCAAGAAACACCCAGACAACCUGCGAAUGGAUGGAGACUUCUAUGCUCCUACUCCAGAAGAUGCUCCUCGUGGUGAAAGGAGUCCAGUUAAGAAACAUCCUGAUAACCUCAGAAUGGAUGGAGACUUUUAUGCUCCUACCCCAGAAGAUGCUCCUCGAGGUGAAAGAGCUCCUGUCAAGAAGCAUCCUGACAAUCUUAAGAUGGUUGGAGACUUUGAAGGAAAACCACGUGAAGAUGCACCAUAUGCAGAAAGAGCUCCAGUCAAGAAACACCCGGACAAUCUUCGAAUGGAUGGAGACUUCUAUGCUCCAACUCCUGGAGAUGCUCCUCGUGGUGAAAGAGCCCAAUCAAAAACAUCCUGACAAUCUUAGAUGGUUGGAGACUUUGAAGGAAAGCCUCGUGAAGAUGCUCCAUAUGCAGAGAGAGCUCCAGUCAAGAAACACCCAGACAACCUGCGAAUGGAUGGAGACUUCUAUGCUCCUACUCCAGAAGAUGCUCCUCGAGGUGAAAGAGCUCCAGUCAAGAAGCAUCCUGACAAUCUUAAGAUGGUUGGAGACUUUGAAGGAAAGCCUCGUGAAGAUGCUCCAUAUGCUCAGAGAGCUCCAGUCAAGAAACAUCCUGACAACCUUCGAAUGGAUGGAGACUUCUAUGCUCCUACCCCAGAAGAUGCUCCUCGAGGUGAGAGAGCUCCUGUCAAGAAGCAUCCUGACAAUCUACAGAUGGUUGGAGACUUCGAAGGAAAGCCUCGUGAAGAUGCUCCAUAUGCAGAGAGAGCUCCAGUCAAGAAACACCCAGAUAAUCUUCGCAUGGAUGGAGACUUCUAUGCUCCAACACCAGAAGAUGCUCCUCGAGGUGAGAGAGCUCCUGUUAAGAAACAUCCUGACAAUCUUAAGAUGGUUGGAGACUUUGAAGGAAAGCCUCGUGAAGAUGCUCCAUAUGCAGAGAGAGCUCCAGUCAAGAAACACCCAGACAACCUUCGAAUGGAUGGAGACUUCUAUGCUCCUACCCCAGAAGAUGCUCCUCGAGGUGAAAGAGCUCCUGUCAAGAAGCAUCCUGACAAUCUUAAGAUGGUUGGAGACUUUGAAGGAAAGCCUCGUGAAGAUGCUCCAUAUGCAGAGAGAGCUCCAGUCAAGAAACACCCAGAUAAUCUUCGCAUGGAUGGGGACUUCUAUGCUCCAACUCCUGGAGAUGCUCCUCGUGGUGAAAGGGCUCCAAUCAAGAAACAUCCUGACAAUCUAAGAAUGGUCGGGGACUUUGAAGGAAAGCCUCGUGAAGAUGCUCCUUAUGCAGAGAGAGCUCCUGUCAAGAAACAUCCUGACAAUCUUAGAAUGGUUGGAGACUUUGAAGGAAAGCCUCGUGAAGAUGCUCCAUAUGCAGAGAGGGCUCCAGUUAAGAGACAUCCAGACAAUCUUCGAAUGGAUGGUGAUUUCUAUGCUCCAACUCCUGGAGAUGCUCCUCGUGGUGAAAGGGCCCCAAUCAAGAAACAUCCUGACAAUCUCAGAAUGGUUGGAGACUUUGAAGGAAAGCCUCGUGAAGAUGCUCCAUAUGCUGAAAGAGCUCCAGUUAAAAAACACCCAGACAACCUCCGAAUGGAUGGAGACUUCUAUGCUCCUACUCCUGGAGAUGCUCCUCGUGGUGAAAGGGCUCCAAUCAAGAAACAUCCUGACAAUCUUAAGAUGGUUGGAGACUUUGAAGGAAAACCACGUGAAGAUGCUCCAUAUGCUGAAAGAGCUCCAGUUAAAAAACACCCAGACAACCUUCGAAUGGAUGGAGACUUCUAUGCACCAUCCCCUGAAGAUGCUCCUCGAGGUGAAAGAGCACCUGUAAAACGCCAUCCAGAUAACCUACGCAUGACUGGAGACUUCAUUGGUAAAGAAGAAGAGUAUACUAUCAAGCGAGGAGAGAGAGUAGAAGUUGUUCGCCGAGAAGAUAACCUACGUAUGGAGGGAGAAUUCAUUGGAAAGGAAUAUGAGCAAGUCACAGUAGGAGAAAGAGCACCCAUCAAGAAACAUCCUGACAAUCUUAAAAUGGUUGGGGACUUUGAAGGAAAGCCUCGUGAAGAAGCUCCUUAUGCAGAGAGAGCCCCAGUUAAAAAACACCCAGACAAUCUUCGAAUGGAUGGAGACUUCUAUGCUCCUACUCCUGGAGAUGCUCCUCGUGGUGAGAGAGCUCCAAUCAAGAAACAUCCUGACAAUCUCAGAAUGGUUGGAGACUUUGAAGGAAAGCCUCGUGAAGAUGCUCCAUAUGCAGAGAGAGCUCCAGUCAAGAAACAUCCUGACAACCUUCGAAUGGAUGGAGAUUUCUAUGCACCAUCCCAUGAGGAUGCUCCACGUGGUGAAAGGGCUCCAGUCAAGAAGCAUCCUGACAAUCUCAGAAUGGUUGGAGACUUCGAAGGAAAGCCACGUGAAGAUGCUCCAUAUGCAGAGAGAGCUCCAGUCAAGAAACACCCAGACAAUCUUCGUAUGGAUGGAGACUUCUAUGCUCCAACUCCUGGAGAUGCUCCUCGUGGUGAAAGGGCUCCAAUUAAAAAGCAUCCUGACAAUCUCAGAAUGGUUGGAGACUUUGAAGGAAAGCCUCGUGAAGAUGCUCCAUAUGCAGAGAGAGCUCCAGUCAAGAAACAUCCUGACAAUCUUCGAAUGGAUGGAGACUUCUAUGCUCCUACUCCUGGAGAUGCUCCUCGUGGUGAGAGAGCUCCAAUCAAGAAACAUCCUGACAAUCUCAGAAUGGUUGGAGACUUUGAAGGAAAGCCUCGUGAAGAUGCUCCAUAUGCUGAGAGGGCACCAGUCAAGAAACACCCAGACAAUCUUCGAAUGGAUGGAGAUUUCUAUGCUCCAACACCAGAAGAUGCACCACGUGGUGAGAGAGCACCAGUGAAACGUCAUCCUGAUAACUUACAAAUGACUGGUGAGUUUAUUGGCAAGGAAGAGGAAUUUAUCUUCAAGCGGGGAGAGAGGGUUGAUGUUGUUAGCCGAGAAGACAAUCUGCGGAUGGAAGGAGAAUUUAUUGGCAAAGAACAUGAACAAGUCACCGUGGGAGAGAGGGCUCCAGUGAGGAGACAUCCUGACAACCUUCGAAUGGAUGGCGACUUCUAUGCUCCAAUCCCAGAAGAUGCACCAAAAGGUGAAAGAGCACCUGUAAAACGUCAUCCAGACAACCUACGCAUGACUGGGAAAUUUGAAGGAAAGGAAGAAGAACACGUUUUUACUCGAGGUGAAAGAGCAGAAAUUGUGCGUAGAGAAGACAACCUUCAUAUGGUAGGAGAAUUUAUUGGCAAAGAAUAUGAAGAGGUUAAAAUUGGUGAAAGGGUAUCUGUAAAGAAACAUGAAGAUAAUCUUAGAAUGGAUGGACAAUUCUAUGCUCCGACCCCAGAAGAUGCUCCGCGUGGUGAAAGGGCUCCAAUCAAGAAACAUCCUGACAACCUCAGAAUGGUUGGAGACUUUGAAGGAAAGCCUCGUGAAGAUGCUCCAUAUGCAGAGAGAGCUCCAGUCAAGAAACAUCCUGACAAUCUUCGAAUGGAUGGAGACUUUUAUGCUCCUUCUCCUGGAGAUGCUCCUCGUGGUGAAAGGGCUCCAAUCAAGAAACAUCCUGACAAUCUCAGAAUGGUUGGAGACUUCGAAGGAAAGCCACGUGAAGAUGCUCCAUAUGCAGAGAGAGCUCCAGUCAAGAAACAUCCUGACAACCUUCGAAUGGAUGGAGAUUUCUAUGCACCAUCCCAUGAGGGUGCUCCACGUGGUGAAAGGGCUCCAGUCAAGAAGCAUCCUGACAACCUUAGAAUGGUUGGAGACUUUGAGGGAAAGCCUCGUGAAGAUGCUCCAUAUGCAGAGAGAGCUCCAGUUAAGAAACAUCCUGAUAAUCUUCGAAUGGAUGGGGACUUCUAUGCUCCAACUCCUGGAGAUGCUCCUCGAGGUGAAAGAGCUCCAGUCAAGAAACAUCCUGACAACCUUAGAAUGGUUGGAGACUUUGAAGGAAAGCCUCGUGAAGAUGCUCCAUAUGCAGAGAGAGCUCCAGUCAAGAAACACCCAGACAAUCUUCGAAUGGAUGGGGACUUCUAUGCUCCAUCACCUGAUGAUAUUCCUCGUGGAGAAAGAGCUCCAGUCAAGAAACAUCCUGACAAUCUCAGGCCAGAAGGAGAUUUCAUGGGACGGCCAAGGGAUCAACAGCCUCUUAUUGGUGAUAGAGCCCAUAUUAGGAAGGUAGAAGAUAAUCUGCACAUUGAAGGUGAAUGGAUUGGCCAAUCAAGUACACACUAUGAUUAUCCAGUUGUAAGUGGAGUGCGUCAGGAGGUGUACAGGCACACAGACAAUUUAAAACAAGAAGGGGAGUUCACUGGUAAAACACAUUUCACUGAUGACUACCAGCUUCAUCAGGUACAGCGCUCUCAAGCAGUUAAGCACAAAGACAAUCUGACUAUUGAAGGAAAAUAUCACCUUGAGACAUUGCAAAAGGAUGCAUACAAGAUCCAUAAAGGUGUUCGAGCUGAAAUAAAGAAACACAGUGAUAAUCUCCACCUUGAAGGAGAUUUUACUGGACGUCCAAAUGAGUUAGCACCUCUUAAGGGAGAUCGAGCAUCCAUUGUGCGCCAUCCUGAUCACCUUAAACCUGUUGGAGAAUUUGAGGGAAAGCCCACAGAAGAAGCACCGCGAGGAGAACGUGCCCCUGUCAAGAAACAUCCAGAUAAUCUUAAGAUGGAGGGUACCUUUGAAGGAAAACCACUCGAAGAGAGUCCGCUGAGGGGAGAGCGAGCUACCAUCAAGAAACACGAAGAUUCUCUGAAGAUGGAAGGCAGCUUUGAGGGUCGACAUGUAUCUGCAGUUAAACGAGGUGAGCGUGCAGAAGUUCAGAAACACACCGACAACUUGAAAAUGGAAGGUGACAUGACAUUCAUUCGUGAAGAAGCUGCUACAAGAGGAGAGAGGGCAGAGAUCAGCAGGCAUGCAGACAACUUAAAGAUGGAAGGAGAUUUAGAAAUAACAAAGAAAACAUUUGCUACUAAAGGAGAAAGAGCCACAACUCAAAAGUAUGAGGAUACCUUGAAAAUGGAGGGAGACAUGCUGAUCACUAAGAAGGAAAUGGUGACUAAAGGAGAGAGAGCAGAGAUAAAGAAACACAAAGACAGCCUUAAAAUCGAUGGAGAAUUCGAAGGAAAGAAAAAGUCUGCAGUCCUGCGAGGAGAACGGGCAGAAGUAAAGAAACACAAGGACAAUCUAAAAAUGGAGGGUGAUAUGAAUAUUGAAAAGAGAACUUCUGUAGUCAAGGGUGAACGAGCAACUAUCAAAAGGCAUGAAGAUUCAUUAAAGCUUGAGGGUGACAUGACCUUUACAAAAGAAGAGAGCAUUGGAAGGGGAGAAAGAGCACAUAUCAAGAAGCAUGAAGAUACAUUGAAAAUGGAAGGAUCAUUUGAAGGACGAAGGAAAUCUGCUGCAGCUGCCAAGGGUGAAAGGGCAGAUGUGAAGAAGCCCAAGGAUAACCUGAAGACAGAGGGUGAGUUUAGAACCACUCGGAAGUCUGCUGUGACUAAAGGUGAGCGUGCAGAGAUAAAGAAACAUGAAGACAAUUUGAAGAUGGAAGGAAAGCUUGAGAUAACGAAGGAAACCUCGUCGGUUGUGAAAGGUGAAAGAGCUGAGAUAAAGAAGCAUGAAGACUCUCUGAAAAUGGAAGGUUCUUUCGAAGGAAGGAGAAAGAGUGCAGCAACCUUCAAAGGAGAACGAGUUGAAAUCCGAAAACACGAAGAUCACCUGAAAAUGGAAGGGACUUUUGAAGGAUUCCAGAGGACAAGUACACCUACUAAAGAUGGCGUGAAAAGAAAUGAAACUUUCAAAGUAAAGGGUGAAAGAGCACAAGUCAAGAAACAUGAAGACAACCUGAAGAUGGAAGGAGAGUUCUAUGCACAAUCUCCGAACAUUAGCCCUAUUAAAGGAGACCGAGCAGAUGUGAAAAAGCCAAAAGAUAACUUGAGUGUGACGGGGCCCUUCGAAGGCAGACCUAAAGAAGGACCUGGAGUUGGAGAACGACCACCGCCAUACAAAUAUGAUGAUAAUCUCAAAAUGGAGGGUGACUUCGAAGGCAGGAGGAGAGGAUCACCUGGAAAGGGUGAACGUCUUCCUCAGAAGAGACAUCCUGACAAUCUCAAAAUGGAAGGGAGUAUGGAUGGACGUACAAAAGAAAGCCCUGGAACAGGGGAAAGACUUCCUCAGAAGCGGUACCCAGAUAACCUUAAGCUAGACGGAAGCUUUGAGGGUAAAACCAAAGAAAGCCCAGGUGCUGGUGAAAGACUGCCACAGAAAAGAUACCCUGAUAACCUCAAGGUCGAAGGUGACUUUGCAGGCCGUCCCAAAGGUAGUCCAGGAGCAGGUGAACGGCUACCUCAGAAGCGCUAUCCCGACAACCUGAAGAUGGAGGGAGACUUUGAAGGUCGGCGACGAUCGUCUCCAGGCAAAGGAGACAGAGUCUCACCCACGAAAUAUGAAGACAGUCUGAAACUCGAAGGAGAGUUUACAGGAUCCAGAAGAGAGAGUGCUGUUGUCAAUGGAAAGGCAGAGGUUCAGCAUUCACAAGUUAGUGCAGCUGGAAGUAGUGGUAAGAUCCGACGUGACACUGUAGUGCUGAAAUCUGGAGAAUCCAUGGCAACUAAAUUAGCAUCGGAAUCUGUAACCUCCAGGACAGAAGAAUCAUCCUCAGUUCAGAAGUCCAGUUCUGCAAAGAGUGACACAAGCACCAACAAAGAUGUGAGGACAGUCGAGUCAUACACAGCUGAUGGACGUAAAGUCACCCGAGUUAUAACCAAAGAAAGCCGAGAAACAAAGUCAGCCACCCGUGCCGAGUCCAGGGCUACCAGUGUAAAGUCCACUACUGAAGAACGUAAGAUUUCAUCUGCUGAGGCCAAGCUUGAAGCUUCUUCGCUGAGUACAUCCCAUGCCAGAGGGACAAAGGAAAAAUCUCCCACACCUGCAACAACGCCUACUGGUCGUGGUCGCCAUAACCAGUCCUCUUUCUCCUUAGGUGAGGAUUCCAGUAAGAUGGAAACAACCACACGUUCUACAGGUAUGAAACAGUCCACAUCUAAGAGCAACAUCAAUUUAGGUCUUGAAAUCAGCAAAGGAGAAUCCACAGCCACAACGCGAGAGAUGGCUUCGUCCCUACGACAAGCAGAAGCUCUAGACCUCCGAGGCGGCACCAAGGUAGACGCCUCUUCCUCCUCCUCCACGUCUCACGGCGCCACCCAUUCCUCACACGUCGCCGGCAGCAGCCAAGAAGAAUUUCGCAAGUGGUCCGCCAACCAUCAGCAACAGAGCGAACAGAGGCGAGUGUCCUCCAGCAGCACUGCCACCAACCGCGUAGAGCAGCGAGUGACGAGAGGGCGUGGCAACGCGUCUUCCAUCACCUUCCACUCCGAGUACGACCCCUGGAGGGAUGCCACCAUCACUCGGCGGGGAGAGUGGCAGAUCGUGACUCCGUGCCCCGCCUCCCUCCUUGACACCCGUGCCUCGAACUACAGAGCAAAGGAAAGCGCACCCAAACCCAAGGAGCACAAGUUUUACCUCCCCUUAGUUGAGUGAGUGUGAGACUUCCGUAAACAAAUGGACUUCAUUUGAAAAACCGUUUAAUCUAUGAAGACAAACCGCCUUACAUGGUCCAAGUAAAAGGUCAUGUUAGAUAUUAAUGAUUCCUUUUAUUUUUGCACAGUAAUGCUCAUUUAACCUGUGAUGUUGACUGCCUUAAGACUGAUUCUCCAGUGUUUCUACAGUAGGAAAUGCUUAAGCUGUGAUUACUUCAAAAAGUAAGAAAAAGGGUAUACACUUGAAGAUUAUAUGCAGAGCAGCUGUAAUAUUCUUGUAUGUGACAUUUCGACGAAGUGCUUUUGAAGUUGUUACAUCCCAUGCCAUUUUUACUUAUUUUUAUAAUCUAGAAUAAGUGUAGCAUUUUUUUUUUCUCUCAAUCAAAACGAACGAAGACAAUAGUCUGUGCUUUCUGUACUAUUAGUGGGAAACUUUUUAACUCGAAAGGGAUAAUAUACACACACAUAUUAUAUACAACAUAUAUAAAUAUAUAUUUUUAUCACAGUGUUCAACUUUUAACGCAAGAGAAAAACAGAAACAAAGAGUAGUUCUUAGCAGGCGUUCUGUUUGCCUUUGCGUCUCGGGAUUUAGGGGACAUCUCCUGGGACGUGACAGUAAACAACGCCUUCGGGCCUCUGUCUCCGGCCUGGACCCUUGCCAAGCCCAGGGCAGACGGCUCGGCCCAGGCAUGUUGUGACCUGCCGAUUCAUGCCUUUGGUCCUACCAACCCGUAUUUUUUACAUCCCCUCCCGUCGCCAAAAGAAUGGAUAUGGGAAGUGUGAAAAGGAGGAUAGAUAUCUAGGCUUAUAUCUAGAUAUUUAAGUGCAUGUAAAGUAGUCUAAAGAAAUAUGUCUUUAGUCCAGAAAUGAAAGAUUUUAUUUUUUGUAAAUUUCUCCCCUUUUCUCAUUGUCUGUUUCCUCAUCUCCAGCGAUGGGAGGAGUUAGCUAUAGUUUCUAUAUAUUUAAAAGAAAGAAAUUUGGUGCUUGGUUGUGUAUUUUUGUUUUGUUUUAGUACUGUUUUUUAACGAUUAUAACAGAAAUGUAACGAUGCAUUUUUAAAAUGAAUUUACCCAUUAAAGACAAUGUGUGAAUUUAAAGUGUUUGGUAUACUGAUAUGAGUAUGAUUUCUAUCAAUCAAUUUGAAUUAUUUAUUUUCUAUUUUAUCAUUUUUGUUAAUAGUAUAUAUAUAUGCAUUUUAUUGAAUGAAUUCAAGGUUUCCACUGCAGUGAUAGUCGGAAAACCGAAUUAUAUGUUUGUUGGUGCCAUAAGACAGAUGAAAACGGGGAGCUCUAACCUCGUUUUCAAAUAAGUAUAUCGAUUGUUCACAACACAACGGGCAGAAAAAAGGAAAUGAAAAGAAAAGAUGAAUAUCGCCAAAGAAAAAAAAGCGAAAGAAUAAAAAUGACCCAAGCUUGAGACAAGGCAAUAAAUUCAAAUUUAUUGAUCCUGUGUCUUCAAUAAGACUGGGAUAAAAUCCGUCCUUAUAACACCCCCACCCUACCCCUUACCCACCAACACCCCCGACCACAAUCCCACCUACAUUAAUAUCUUCCAUCUUGCAAACCACAUUAUAUGUAGCAUACACCGUCUUUGUAUGUCUUGCUGCACGGUCUCGCUCUCACUUUGCGUGUGUGCACAGAUUUUUUUUUGUUUUUUAAAUUAUUAUUAUCACAAAGUUUAUCAUUAUUGGUGUUGGCUUAAUAAGCUUCACUCACAAAAUCUCAUUUGUCAAAUAUUUAUACAAUUUUGUACACAUAAUUUUCGUAUAUUCCAAAACUCACAAAUAUCCAUUUUAUUAUAUCACUAUAAUAUAUUUAUUAAUAAAAAAAAAAAAAAAAAAAAAAAAGGAUACCAAGCAAAGCAUCCGUGUUGCAGCUUUUUUUUCUUCUCUCUUUCCCCCCCCCCCCAUAUUUGCUACAUCAAUGUGAGUUUUGUAACUUGUUCCUAACCCAAUUGUCUACUUUUUUCGGUUUCCUUCCCGCCUCUUCAAGUCUUGGGUUUUUAACGAUCUUUAUAUAUAUAUUUGUUUGUUUUUUAUUUAAUUUACUUGAGUGUUGCUUCUCGCUGCGUUUGCACUGGAGUUGCUUCUUCGUAUGUGCUUUAUUGUUAUCAAGGUGUUUUAGAAAGAUAAUUUACAAAAAGUAUAUAUAAACUUUUUUUUUUUUCAAAAAUGUGAUACUACAUUUAGCUCGACAAAUAAAGUGCUUGCUUAUUUC